UACACUGCGUUACAUUGGGAAACCUGAGAAAUUUCCAUCUCAGAGGGGUGGGAACCUUGAAAAGAGAGCAAGGGCUUCCCCUGAGCCGAUAGGAAACUGAUCACUUGCUGCUGCAGUCGAUCCUGUCGACACAUCUGCCUGUCACCACCGCUGGAACCACAACAAUCACCUCUUAUCUACUUCCAUCAUGGUGUGCUUGGCAUUGAUGCUUGUUAUGAUGAUCGUGGAAUGUGUUUGUGGAAGACCCCCAUUACCUCCUCUGCCUAUGAAAGAUGGCUGCUACAUGGUUUAUCCAGAAGUGGAGAUAUUUAGAGUGGAGGGCGAAGCUGUAAUCCUCUACUUCCCUAUGUUCAUGAGAGUUCUUGAAGUACGCAACAUCGCCCCCCCAACAGCCAAAUAUUUCAUCAGUAAGGACAACGGGACAGCAGGCAUGGAGUAUCAGGGCGAGGGACGUGUCCAGCAGCGCAACAAACAGUUGUGGUUCCUCCCAGCUCAGGCUUCAGACUCGGGGGAAUAUACCUGCACUUACAGAAAUGAAACCUACUGCAUUAGUGGGAGCAUCACGCUACAAGUGUAUGAAUCCACUUCUGUUGACAUGAAGAAACUGUCCUAUCCAGUGUCAGUCACAGUGGGAGAAGAGUGGAAAUUCACGUGUCCUUCUCUAAAUUACUUCAACAACACGGACGGACUAAUAGAGUGGCAUAAGGACUCCAGCCCCACAGCUCUUCAGCCAGGCAGAGCAGGUUCCUUCCGCUGGGACAGAGGAGAUCUAGUGAUCCCUGCUGUGAGGCAGUCCCAUGCAGGUAUCUACACCUGCCAACUCAGAGUGCUCAUCAACAACCAGCCGUACAAAGUCAGCAGAGCCAUCCAGCUAGAAGUGCAAGGCCAAGACCCUGAAAUCACCACCGUGACCACUGUGCCAAACCUCUCUGAGACAUCUGACACAAAGAUAAUCAGCAGCACCUACAGCACUGUUCACACUCCCACAAUACUGCCACCUGUGAUUGUCUCACCACUUAAUGGAACCACCUUUGAAAGUUCACAUGGUUCAGGACUGGAGUUGGUCUGCGUGGUGUCUACUGGGUGUCCAAUAGCCGAGUCGACUGUGAUCACAUGGCUGAUAAAUGGCCAAUCAGUGGAGACAUCGUACCUUGACAGAAGGGCCCUACAGGGAGGAAGAAGGGUAACUAGGAUGUCCAAAGGCUGCCAGAUUGAGAUGAGGCUAAUCAUUACAAUGAUAACAGAAGAAGAUGUGAAGACGGAGCUUAAGUGCAUCACACAGAACAUGGGAGGGAGACAGGAAGUUGUUGCCCAGCUUCAACUAGAGGACUCUACGUUCACGUGGGUAGUUGUAGCAGCGGUGGCGGUGUCCUGCUUCCUGACAGUGGUUUCUAUUUUCCUUUAUGUCCUCUUCAAACCUAAAAAGAACCAGAAAAUGGAUUAUUUUCUGGCUCGGCAGAACAGCAGCUACAGCUGUUAAUGUAAGCAUUCCCUCCGCAAACAAAGACCUCCUAUAAUGUGUUUUCUGUUGCAUUAAAUUAGUCUAUCAUGCAUUGUGAAUAUGAAUUUAUGACAAUGUGACAGUAUCGUAGAAAAGCAGAAAUUAAGCAGCACUUGAAUGUAUUUGGAUUAUUUAUACAGUUGCAGCACUUUUCAUGCAUAUGUGUUGUACUGUAGUAGCAGAAAUACCUUGCCUGACUGUGACACAGAAUUACUGAAACACCAAAGUACUCCAACUCAGAUACACAUUCGGAGGCCACUUUAUUACAUAGGCCUGUACCUCUGCUAAAAACUCCAAAAUGUUUAGCUUUGAUCAACUGAACUGAUUAAAGUAUGUGUAUGGGUUAUUAUGUGUUAGUUAAUAGUCUUACCCUUAUAUAUCUGCCAAUGGUGUGAGCAGAAUAUUAGCAAACCCCUCUCUGGGCAGUCCAAUUAAAAUUGUCUUGUAAGCAUAAACAAAUGAACAGUGUUGAUCAAAACAAUAGACAUUAUUAUUUUUUAUACUUGAUAGAGGUAAAAGUAUUUUACAGAAAACAUGCUGUAUUGGAUGCAUCAGAUAUUAAUGGGGUACGUAAUAAAAUGGCCACUGAGCGUAUAUAUAGAUACAGAUGCCAAUAUAGAUAUAGAUACAGAUAUAGAUAUGUGUGUGUAUUUUUCAAAAUGCAAUAAAUGUUCUCAGGGAAGCAUUUUGUAUUGCAGAAAAGCGUUUAAACAUAAUUUUGCAAAUCUUUAUGUUUACACAUUUAAAUGACAAACUUGGCUAUUCUAAAAAAAACUGGCUUAAGAAAAUAUUCAAAGUGUUAAUGUGUACGUUCAACUGCAUGCAAUGUUUGACAUUAAUGCUGUGAUACUGAUAAAAAUAUACAAAACUAGAAAAGCACUCAGAGAGCGCAAUACUCCACCAAGGCUGCUCAGUUGACGUAUCAUUUCCGACGGAUGAAAUCUAUUGUAGUACCUGACGUGAGAUAUGUACCACUUAUUAGAAUGGAAUGUGUUUUGCCUGUUCUUGACUGUUUGGAAUAACUCAAUGCUGUGUUUAGAUAGGGGUCCCUCUGUCUAGGAGGUUGAUCGAUAGGGCUCUUUGGGGCCUCUAUAUCUGGGAAGAUCUACCUUGGCCUUUAACAGAAACCAUAUGUUAUGACUUCAUACUUGACCAAACAUAUAAAAGUGAGCUCAGGAUGUUGUUCUGGGAGGUUCAUAUUGGCUCUGAAUUCUCCACUGGGCAGACCAUGGGGCCUGAUCAGAUGCUGUGUUCUUUGCAAUAAAGUUAUUAUUAUUAUUAUUAUUAUUAUUAUUAUUAAGCAAGUCAGUGUCAAUGAACGUUUUCUUCAACAUCUGCACACCCUCGAUGUCUGAGAAACUACACUAUAAUAAAAAAUGACCUUGCACUGAGCAUAGGCAUGUAUAUGCAUGUGCAUGUUAUGUAUGGAUACCGAAUUGCGUGUAAAUGUAUCUUUUAAAGGUCUGCUGAUCAGUUCAUCACUUCUGGCAAGCCUUUGUUUUGUUAGCGUUAAAAUAACCGUUCCCUCCAUGCUUUUAUUUUAAAGGCGUAUUUUUAAUGUUACGGGCUUUUAUUUUGUCACCAUUCCAGCGGCACAGGAAGUGUUUAUCUAAGAAGCGGUUUUUUGACAUGCUGCUGAAAAGUCCGACAAUUCACGUAAAGAUGAAAGAAAGCGGUUCCACGCUGUUGCUGUCUAGCAAAGGAUGUGUCUAAACUUAGAAGCACCUAGCUGGAAUGGAGACAAGCUCUUACUGUGAAGAAAUGAUUGAAUGACAGAAAGGUGAAUUUGUGUUCAAAAUAAGGCUGACGGCUGAAUGUAAAUAAAGGCUUUGUGAAACAUCAGGAGCUUCACCAUUGUCUGGCUGGGGUUUGCUACAUUGUGUGACCUAAAUAUGUAGCGGGUGGCAGGAAUUGAUGGGACUCAGAAACAGCCCACAGUUUAAUCAUUUGUUCCUUGUAUGAUUUCCAUCUGAUAAAUCACAGUCAAUUUGUAGUAGGAUCGCAAUCGUGAUCGUUAGCAGGUAACUGACACAGUGUUCACUUGUCAUGGUUACAGCAGCGCUGUGCCGACAGCUAUAUCUGGCAAUGGGAAAUCCUUAACAAAGCCGUGGAUCCAGACUAUAAGCUGCGUCACUGCGAAAAUUGAAUGAGGCGGUCCUUGUGUCAUUUCUGACUUCCUCUGAAAAUUUCAUCCAAAUUCGUUAGUCCAUUUUUGAGUAAUGUUGCACACGGACAGACAGACAAAGAUGGAUUCACAGACAAACGUACACCGAUCGUCACAUAACUCCGCAGCGUUCCUUGGUGGAGUAAUAAAAUAAAGUGUUAUAUUACCUCUCUAUUAAAUAAAUUUAAUGGUUUUAAUGGUCUAACUGUUCUUGUGACUAUUCUCAAGUCUAAAAAUAAAUAAGG